UACUCUUUGAUCUCCACUUCACUGUCAGCUACCCGCGUAGGUUCAAAACAGCUAGUCUGUUUGAGAGAAACAAGUAGAAAUGGCGUCGAGAGAAAAACUGGUAAAACGCCCACAAAAACAUGUAGACAGCACAUUUGAUUUGUACAGCACAGACUCCACCGCCGUCGAAGAAAAGUUGUUUGGCCAAGCAGAGGAGGACGAGGACAGCCGGACGGCAGACGACGGACCUGUGGUCUUCAUCUGCGGGAAGUGCAAGUUGCCAGUUGGGGAUUCAAUGUCCUGGGAUGGAAGUGAAGAUGACCAAAACCAAAUAAGAUUGAAACGGGUCACUGACAAUGUUUUGGUUGGAAAGGACACUCGCCUGCAUGAACCCAGCAAAAGAUCUCUCUGUCUGAUUGUGGAUCUCAUCUGUCGAGGCUGCCACUCUUUGCUUGGCAUGGUUUAUGCAUCCACCCCUAAGAGCAUGGACCAUAAGAGAUUUACAUUCUGUUUCAAUGUAGCAGACAUCGACAGCUAUGUGCUUGGUUCUGCAAGCCAGAUGUUGGCAGCAGAGGGCCCCAAAGAGCAGCCAGUCACACUGGAGUACAGAGGCAUUGUUGAACAGCAGCUGACAGAGAUGAAAAUGCUGGUCGUGUCCAUGGCACAGAGGCUGGAGGAGAUCGAGGCCGGCCUUCAGGAGGGAUGUGACGAGGUUUGACAGUGACGGACGUCUGGGUGGAUGCUUUGUCCAGGUGUGAGGAUUUAAUGUCCACACUCCUCGGCCCUACCAUUAUUUUUUUAUGUUAACACUUCCUCCUCAAAGUUUCAUCUCAACCACAUUCCCUCAGUAAGACGUUUUGUCCUAGCCUCACCUUGUGCACAAACACCUACACAUGCGCACAACGCGGCUCCCGCUCCGCUUUGUCCCGAGUACCAAUUGUGAAACAAAGACCGGCUGCACUGGUAAUCAAUCACGUUGUCAGCUCGGGCUCCCGUGGCUCAUGGCACCAUCUCCUCCGCGCGUCUCAGUGCGGCGUGAAUGUACGCUGUGAGCAGAAUGUUUAUUUGUGCAGGAUUUCAUCAGGCAGGCUGCGAACUCAGCACAAUGCUGAUAUUGAUCGGGCCACUCGAGGCCACACACACACUUUUUCUUUGUUCUCUUCUUCAAGCAUGUUGUCUUGAAGCCAGACGGCAUUGCUUAAUUUAUGUUUUCGGUUGUCUUGUUGUGGUUAAAAUUAAAUACAUUUACUCUUUGAUACUGACUGCAUCACAGUCAAACACAAUAUUGGAUAAUUAUUCACUUAAAAAUUAUUUUAAGGCUCCUGUUAAUAUUAGAGUUCAUCUGUUUUUUUGUUUUUUUUUUUAAUAUGAACAACAACUUGCAAUGAAACCCUUCAUUUGUUGCUAUUACAAAACUUGUUCUUUCUUUGUCUGUUUUUUGCUUGUUUCAAUUGUACAAGCAUGAUUUGUAUUUAGUAUUUUUGUGUAAUAAAGUGUUUCCAAAAGAGUC